CGUACGGAGCCCGGUGUUGCAUGGUCAUGCUUCGUUUCUCACUCUACCGGUUGGUCGUAGUGUUGUGUGUUGUGAUCAUCAGCUACACAAUCAUCCAUUGGUGGCAGCUAAAGCUUGACCAGAAAUCAGUCGGUCAUCCCUUCCAACACACCUGCAACAAGACCGAAAUGUACCGCCACGAACUGGAACGACUAUUCGAAAGGGUACACCGAUUACUGGUGCAGCACGGCCUCACGCACUUUCUCUGCUACGGUUCACUCUGGGGUCAGAUACGCAUGGCAAGGAUGCUGCCGUGGCGAGAGAAAGCCGAGUUCUGCAUUUUAAACGACGAGCUGCUGCGGCACGAGGAAGCCCGUUUCAUGCGCAACUUCCACUCAAACGAGCUCCGAAUACACUACCUGCACUCCGAAGGCAUUUAUAGGAUUUUUGCAAAUGAGCCUACUUCCCGCCAUUACAGUGUUCCUCCUUUUGUCGAACUGAUUGUUUUUCAACUCGAUGACACGCAAGGAAUGUACAAGCGCAUUGGAUGGAAACGACGAAUCCUGCCGCCACAAUGUGAUUGGACACCAUCACUAGACUGUUUCCCCGUUAACCUGCUGCAGGGCUCAUUACCGAGUCGGCCGCUCGGCAAUUCAUUGUACACCGUGCCUAUGGGUGGAAUCGAACUGCAAAAGUACCAUUAUCCCGAAAACUGGUGGAAGGAUGUGAACGUACGUAACUGCAAUCUUAACUAUCCCUAGACUUAAAAAGAAAUUUACUGCCCUCUGUCCGUGCUGAUAGGAAGAUGUGCUAAACAUGGUUUGAAAUUUGUUUUGUUAUUUUUCGAAGAUGUUAUAA